AUGAAUUCAAACUUCUUACCAAGAUUUCGAUACAUGGAUCAACUACAAAGAUUCAUAUAAAUCACAAGAAAUACAUCAAAAUCAGAGCUAAUCUCAUUUAAUACUUAAUACAAAAGUUUAUAUAAGAUAAAACCUAUUACCUACUAACUUCCUGGCUUCUACAAUUACAUAAAAUAAGAAAUUAUUUAAGGAGACAUAGAAUCUUUAAACAAGGCAUCCACUCACUAUUUCAGCAAGGAAGGCAAACUUAUUAGACCGAUGUUAAAUUUAUUAUAUGCCAAUCAUAUUGAAAAAAACAGUUAACAUACAGAAUAGUAAAGAAUCUGGGCUGCAGUGAUAGAAAUUCUACAUGUAGCCAGUCUAGUUCAUGAUGACAUCUUAGAUGCAUCAGAUACAAGAAGGGGAAUCCCUUCAUCUCACACAAUAUUUGGCAAACACAGAGCUACAUUUUCAGCUAACUAUUUAAUUGGAAGAGCUGGUCGAAAAAUUUCUGAAUUAGAUGACAUCAGAAUGUUCCAAAUCUAUUCACAAAUUAUGGACAACUUAACUAAUGGUGAAUAUUUAUAAGCUAUGAAAUAAAAGAGUUUUCAUAACUUUGAGAUCACUCUUCAAAAUUACAUGAUUAAAACCUAUUACAAGACAGCAGCAUUGAUUGCGAAUAGUUUAUAAGGAGUGUGCUAGUUAACCAACAUUAAAGAUGAAAUUUGUGAAAAAUCAUUCAACAUUGGGUUGCAUUUGGGCGUUGCCUUCUAAAUAAUUGAUGAUGUCUUAGAUUAUACUUCAAACUCUGAAUAAUUGGGUAAAGCUAGUUUAAAUGACCUAAAGAGUGGUGUUUUGACUGGACCCGUUUUAUUUGAAUUAUUCAAUUAGUAAAAAAAGCAAUCCCCAGAAUACAAACUUAUGAACUCAGUUCUAUUAGGCGAGUCUAAUUAGUACGAUACUGUUAAUUAAAUUGUUUUGGCUGGAGAAGGAAUUGAGUAAAGCAAAUAUUUAGCUUAUUAACACACCUAAGAGGCGUUGAAAAUAUUAUAAAGCAUCAAUUCCUAACCAGAUUAAGAUUUAAUUUCUUUGAUCUUCAUGUUCAUUGACAGAAAUAAAUGAUAAUAACAAGAUAAAUUUUAUAGGAUAUUUAUAUAAUUGCAAAA